AUGGAUAGGCGGUGCAUUUACUGUGGAGGUGACCAUCCUCUUAUGUAUUGCGUCAAUGCCUUGGAAACGAUGCGAGAGAUGGCAAUUCACUUGCCGGACGAUAUAUCACUUGAUACAAUCUUUGAUAUUGUCGUGCUUAUGGGACCUGCCCGUGUUAAUGAUGCCUACAAUGUCAUUGCAGCCGGUAUUCGUGAUGAAGUCAGUUGCCCCCAUUGCAUUCAACGAUUUGCGGCAUUUCGCGCUGAACGGGCAAUGAUUCUGAACCUUCCCGGCCAUUCAACUUAUGUUUUGCAUAAUUAUCGUCCUGCCCACGUUCCUGCUGCCCUAAACUACGGUCUAGCUCUAAUUUUUCCUGCUGUGACCGUCACCAAUCCUACAAUUCUUGCACCACGCUCUACAGUCCCGUCUACUGCAGCUCAAACAUCUGCAGCCCAAGCCACUGCCCCAACGACCAACAAUGACAAUAUGGGCCAGUCUUCACAUCAGUAG